GUUUUCUGAGAGUGUGCGUCGGAACGAGUGAGGAAGCUGAGGUCGGUGGCCGCCGGGCCGCAGCUAUGGUCGUUGAGGCGAGGUUUCAUCCCUCCUCGUCGGUGACCUCGCCCUUCGUCUCACCAUGCACGACCCCGUCCCCACCUCCCUCUACAUCGCCCUGGAGCUGCUGAUCGCUCUGUUCUCCGUGCUGGGCAAUGUGCUGGUCUGCUGGGCCGUGUGCCUCAACAGCAACCUGCAGAGCAUCACCAACUUCUUCGUGGUGUCGCUGGCCGUGGCCGACAUCGCAGUCGGCGUCCUGGCCAUUCCCUUCUCCGUCGCCAUCAGCACCGGCUUCUGCUCCAACUUCUAUGGCUGCCUGUUCAUCGCCUGCUUCGUGCUGGUGCUCACGCAGAGCUCCAUCUUCAGCCUGCUGGCCAUCGCCAUCGACCGCUACAUCGCCAUCAAGAUACCGCUGAGGUACAACGGCUUGGUGACCGGUCAGCGGGCUCAAGGCAUCAUCGCCAUCUGCUGGGUUUUGUCCAUCGGCAUCGGCCUGACGCCCAUGAUGGGCUGGCACCAGCUGCCCCAGAGCAUCAACAGCAACUGCACGCCCGGCCUGAUGAAGUGCCUGUUCGAGGAGGUGGUGGCCAUGGAUUACAUGGUCUACUUCAACUUCCUUGCCUGUGUGCUGAUCCCCCUGCUGCUGAUGUUGGGCAUCUACCUGUGCAUCUUCAUGGCCGCCCGCCACCAGCUCAAGCUGAUGGAGGUGAAGGCGGUGCACGGGGAGAAGUCGCGCUCCACGCUGCAGAAGGAGGUGCAGGCCGCCAAGUCUCUGGCCAUCAUCGUCGGCCUGUUUGCGGUCUGCUGGCUGCCUCUGCACAUCAUCAACUGCUUCACCCUCUUCUGUCCCGAGUGCGAGCGGGCUCCGUCCUGGAUCAUGUACGUGGCCAUCAUCCUCUCCCACGCCAACUCCGUGGUCAACCCCUUCAUCUACGCCUACCGCAUACGGGAGUUCCGGCAGACCUUCCGCAAGAUCAUCCGGCGACACGUCCUGCGGAGGCAGGAGCCGAUGGGCAGCGGCAGCGGCAGCAGCAAGCGCGGCAGCGGCAAGCGCGGCUCCAUCCGCCUGAAGCCCAGCGGCUUGAGCGUUGACCUUUGCGCCGAGCCCAGCGGCGGCCGCGGGAGCUCCGACCGCUGCCCGACCGGCGCGUCUCCCGUAGGGAGCGGCGCGGCGGCGGUGUCCCGCCCCCCUCUGUCAGUCAUCAUCUCCCACUGUUCAAAAAUAGGCCACAGCCCACUGCAAACCCUCAGACGGACUCCGAUCCCGGCGGGCCGAAACACGCGGUACGCGGAGCGGCAAGCCGCUGCCGCCGGACCGGAGGACGGGGACAGGCAGGACCUCGGCUGCGACCCGGGCGGCUCGAGGACGAGCUGCUGCGGCGAGCCGGCAGACGUGUUGUGACGUCGAUGCUCAUGAGCCUGGCCUCCAAUAUUUCAACGCAGUGACUUGUUGAUUUAAGGCAGACUAAAAGUCUAAGAGGUUGUUUUUGCUUCGUUUCACCCCACAUGACCACGAGUCGACUGAGUGACACUCGUGUCUUUCGCACGGCACGGAAAGGCUUUCAACAGACAAUAAAAAAUAAAAAAAAUGUACAAAGAGUUAUGGUUUAAUACAAACGCUCUUUGACUCGUAAAGCUGCCUGACCAAAGCUUGACCUAAAUGCUGGGACACUAUUGACACACUCAAUCUCUUCAAGCUACUUGUUUAACCCCAGGUUGAAGUCAUACGCCAUAAUAGUCAUGUAAAUAUCAUCCUUCCACAUGUGGUCUGAAUGGCCUUUUGGCUGAAGAUGAAAGACGUAUUUAAUAAAUUAUUUUAUUUCUUUCAGAGAAGUGUACUGUGUAAACAAACCCCCUCUGAUGUAUUCCACCCGACGUCAUACAUCACCAUGAGCCCAGGGUCAUUUCUUAUGCAGUAUUGCACCAGUCCAUCCUGAGGACCCCAAACAGUGUCACCAACCUGCUUAGCAGAGUUCUCUCUCAUAUCUGUAAAGUUAAAACAUUCUGCUCCUCUUACACUUAAUCCAGCUUCAUGACAUAAAAGGAAGAAGGAAAGUAUUUUCACCAGUGACUAGUUGGUUCAUGUUAGCAAUGUGAUGGUUCACAUGUCUCAAAGAACGUCGAUAAUGCAAUGCUGAAAUGUAAACUUUUUUGUCCGCUCAGUUACUUAAAUUAUAUUCAUGUAAAUGUU